ACUAUCCAGUGUUUAGCAAAAAAUUUCUUCAAUGACACCAAUGUAAAGUAGGUAAACGAACAAAGUUUGGUGUUAGAAAUGUCUGGUUUUGACGACCCCUUUGGCGAAAAUCCUUUUGCUGAUCCUGCUAUACAACAGGCAACAAGAGUAACAACUAAUAUUCAAAAUUCUUUGGAAGAUUAUAACCCAUUUGAACAAGAAAACGUCAAACCGCAAUUGCAGAUAAAUUCGGGUAAUAAUGCAGCAGUCGUCCAGCCUUUGUCGCAAAACGCCCCUCCAGUUGCUGCUCCAAAUACGAGUAUUCAAAUAACCACUGAAGAAUUACAGCGCCGCCAAGAAGAAUUGGAUCGCAAGGCUGCAGAACUGGACAGACGUGAGCAGCAAUUACAGGGAAAUGUUCCGCAAUUGAAUAAUUGGCCACCGUUGCCGGAUAAUUUUUGUGUGAAACCAUGUUUUUAUCAAGAUUUCAACUUAGAGAUACCGCCGGAAUUUCAAAAGUUGGUGAAACAUUUGUACUAUACAUGGAUGUUUUACACCAUGACCAUGGUACUCAACAUUCUUGGUGGACUAAUACUAUUAUUGCAUAAUACAGAAUUUACAACAUUUGGCUUAGCUUUAUUUUACGCCAUGCUUUCUACUCCUGCAUCAUACAUUUGCUGGUUUCGACCGGCUUAUAAAGCUUUCCGGAAUGAUUCCAGUUUUAAUUUUAUGGUAUUUUUCUUUGUAUACUUCUUCCAAACUGUGCUUACGGUUUUCCAAGCCGUUGGUGUCCCUGGUUCAGGGUAUUGCGGAUUUAUUGUUGCUAUUACGCAGUUUCAAUCAACUGCAUCAUCCAUAAUUGUGGGGCUCCUCUUGCUUUGCAUAGCUUUUUGUUUUGCAACAACCGCUGCUGCAAAUAUAAUGAUGAUUACUAAGAUUCACACAAUUUACCGUAGCACUGGAGCCAGCAUGGCCAAGGCGCAGCAAGAAUUUGCUACAGAAUUUAUGAGAAAUCAGCAUAUACAGCAAGCUGCCUCUUCAGCAGUGAGUUCCGCAAUAAAUUCGCAGAUAAACAACAGUAGAUACUAAAAAAUAUAUAUAUUCAUAUAGCACUAUAAUAAUAGGCAAGGGUUUUCAUGGCUUUUUAAAUGUUUAAAAUUUCUUGAAAUGUAAGUUACACUAUCAGUAUAUUGAAUAAAAGCUUGUAAAAUACCCAGCAACUCUAA